AUUGAAAUUGAGGAGAUGAAUAAGGUUAUUGUUAAGAUAACUUCUGUUUAUUGAAUGGUUUAAUAUUAUUAACACGACGAAAUGACAACUGAACUAUGCUACAUUUAUAUUAUGACUCUUUAAUACAGUUAAUCAAUCACUGGUUAAAUUGUUUCACACCAUAUGAGUAAUGAAGAGUUAUUUGAAAAUUAGUUAUUUACUCAUAACAAGAAAGAACUUUGAGACAUAGACACUCAAUUUACAUAAUGUGAGGAUUGAGAACUUGUUUAUGAGCACUUGCAUGACAUUUUGUGAAAAGCCUGCAUAGUGUCAUUUGUUUACUGUUACUGUUUUAUUGUAUUUCAAUACCAUGACAACUUAUGAUGGAGUUGAAACUUGAUGAACUGCCGCCUAAGGUUUCAGAGUUUCUCUAUAGAGCUGGACUAGUAACAUGUACUGCAAUCCUUGACACAUCCAGAUGUGACCUUCUCUCGCUGGGAACCUUUACUGCAGAGGAUGUCAACCAGAUUUAUUUGCUUGCUGCUAAACAAAUGCGAGCAAGAGAAUUUAUUUCAGGAGGUCAAUUAACAAACUCAAGUAUACCUGGAAGAUGGGGUCAUCUGAGCACAGGGUGUACUGCUUUGGACCAACUGCUGGGAGGAGGUCUGGUCACAAGAGGGGUCACAGAGUUGGCAGGUCACAGUGGAGCAGGCAAGACACAACUGUGUCUACAACUGUCACUGACAUGUCAACUGCCUCAGGAUAAUGGAGGCCUCAAUGCUGGAGCAGUUUUUAUUUGUACUGAAGAUAGAUUUCCAUCCGUGAGGCUCAACGAACUGAUCAAGACAUUUCCUGGUGCUAGAAGGUUUAAGAACAUAACAUUUGGAAGUAACAUUUUUGUUGAACACAUCGCCGAUGCUUUGGAGCUGCAGCAGUGUGUGGGCACGAGGCUGCCGCAGUUGCUGAGACAACAACGUAUCGGCCUUGUUGUGGUAGACUCUGUAGCAGCCAUAUACAGAGCUGACUACACACACGCUGAGAUGGUACAGAGGGCGAGGGAUCUGAGGACUCUGGCUCGUCAACUACACUCACUGGCCAACACUCACCACAUUGCGGUUGUGUGCAUAAAUCAGGUUUCUGAUGUCCGGAGGGGAGAACACAGUGUGACUGUGCCUGCCCUGGGACUAGCCUGGGCCAACUUGGUCACCUGUCGUCUGCAGAUGUUCCGCAACUAUGAGUUCCGACGGCUGCAAGUUGUCUUCUCCCCUCAGCUGCCACAAAGCUACUGUCAGUACAAGAUUGCAGCAGCAGGGGUCCAGGGGAUACUUCCUGUUGUGUACUCUCAGUAGAACUAGGGAGCGUUCUGUUGAGUAAUAAUGGUUCCUAUUCUGUGAUUUGUAAAGAAAAAUAAAAACGUCUUUACUUAUUUCUUUCGUAAGGA